AUGUCCAGAUUCGCGACGGCGGGUCUCGUGGCUUUUGAUUCGAUCAAGUCUAAAGCCUCGCAGAAACUCGCGGGACUGAAACGAAGCAAUACGGGGUACGAAGAAUUUGAAUUGCCUCCUAAUGAAGGAAUUAGAGAUAACAAAGGAUUCGAAGAUGAGAGAGGGUACAGUGCGCAGAGUUCAUUCGAAUCUCUUCCGGAACCGGAAAGACCUCCGUUACGUCAUAUCGACACUUACUGCAUGCCUGAGUGUCCAUGUCUGUCAAAAAGAUAUACCAUUGCAGUGCUAGCUUGCUUAGGGUUCGUCAUUUCAUUUGGAAUGAGGUGCAACAUGGGUAUGGCAUGGCUGUCAAUGCAAAAUUCUACAGGAAAUGGAAGCGUUAAAUUAAAUUGGACAAUAGAAGCGGAAAGUACCCUAAGCUCGUCAUUCUUUUGGGGCUACUUCGUUACCCAGGUACCAGGUGGCUUCCUGGCGUCCUUAUAUCCUGCGAACAAGAUAUUCGGUGCAGCCAUAGCAGCUUCAUGCUUCUUAAAUCUCCUAGUACCUGGAGCCAUGAUAACCAGUCCAGCACUAGCCGUAUGCGUGCAAGUCUGCAAAGGUCUAGCCGAGGGCGUAACGUAUCCGGCGUGUCACGGUAUAUGGAAAUAUUGGGCACCACCUCUGGAAAGAUCACGGUUGGCAACACUUGCAUUUUGUGGAUCGUAUGCAGCUGUCGUUAUAGGAAUGCCUCUUUCUGGUUGUCUCAGUACUUGGUUCGGCUGGACAGCGUCAUUUUAUUUCUACGGGGUCUGCGGUCUCAUCUGGUAUGGAUUUUGGCUAUGGUUGGCAUUUGAAAAACCAUCGAAGCAUCCGUGUAUCUCUGCACGAGAAUUGAGAUACAUAGAAGAUUCUCUUGGAACGAGUCAGGCCCAGAUGCCUAUGCCCACUUUUUACACUACACCCUGGCGCAAGUUCUUCACGUCCAUGCCAGUCUACGCAAUUAUUGUCGCUAACUUUUGUCGUUCAUGGAAUUUCUAUUUGUUGGUACUCUAUCAACCAAAAUUCAUGUACCAGUCAUUUAAUAUGCCACUCGUCGAGACAGGGGUCAUUGGAUCGUUACCACACUUGCUAAUGACCACUAUCGUACCAUGCGGUGGAAUGCUAGCCGAUUACCUGAGGAAACGUGGUAUCUUGUCAACCACCAACGUUAGAAAGCUUUUCAAUUGUGGCGGAUUCGGAAUGGAGGCAAUAUUCUUCCUGGUUGUAGCCCAUGCUACUGUGAAUAAGAACGGAACUGCUGCUACAGUUGCACUAGCCAUCGGCGUCGCGUGCAGUGGUUUUGCCAUUUCCGGUUUCAAUGUUAACCACUUGGACAUCGCACCAAGAUACGCUAGUAUCCUGAUGGGCAUGUCCAAUGGAGUUGGCACCAUUGCUGGAGUUCUUGUACCUUUCUUCGUGGACAACAUUACCAAGAACGAGGACGUAUACAGCUGGAGAAAUGUUUUCAUCAUGGCGGCUUGUGUGCAUUUCUUCGGUGUCACCUUCUACGCAAUAUUUUGUUCCGGAGAACUGCAACCGUGGGCUGAUCCCAGCUUGGAAGAACAAAAACGUUGGAACCCUCUUACCCACCUGGGCCAAAGCAAACCUCCCAUACCACCACCGCCAAUGACUGCUCAGUCCGAAUUUAUUAAGCAACCGUCUCUUGGAGAAAGUACCAAUGACCAGAAUGAGUACUCACAAUCAGCAAAUAACUAUCUACAAUCUCAGCAAGAUAAAGGCCAGGUCAUUAAUUAUGGAUCCACGGAGAACAAUUCAAAUAAUGCAUUCCAUUCGACGAAUCCAUUUGCGAGCGACAUCAAUGCUUCUUUAGUUCAGCCGCCAGCGAUGGACGACUAUGCGCAUGACGUCAUGCAGAAUCAGCAAUGGGAUUAA